CAUAAAUUUAAGCAUGGGGAAGCCAACCAUCAAGCAGAUACUGAAGCGGUGUUCGAGCCUGGGCCUGAAGCAGGGCCGCCAGGGCGAGGCGGCGGACGUGCCGAGGGGGCACUUCGCGGUGUACGUGGGCGAGAACCGGAGCCGCUUCGUGGUCCCCAUCUCCUACCUCGCCCACCCCAAGUUCCAGAGCCUACUUCGGCAGGCGGAGGAGGAGUUCGGGUUCGACCACCAGAGGGGGCUUACCAUCCCCUGCGAGGAGGUCGUCUUCAGGUCCCUCACCGCCGCCCUCAACUGAACCGAAUCCAAAUCCCUGACUUCGUUCCUGUACAUGAAAUGAGCGACGUGAGGAAGGAAAAAUGUUCCCAUGGUUGAUGCACAUCGAGCUCUGUUCUGCUUCAUCUUCUCGAGAGAAGAUUUUGUUGUUAGAUAAACUAAAUAACAUCGCGUUGAUAAGUAUCGACCAUUAAGAGAUGCAUUAAUUUUCUUUUACACUUUUGCAUGUCUUACAUAUUCCCUUUGGAUUCUGGCAUUCUACUGCCACAGUUCCACUUGGACAAGAACGGACGUAGAAACGAGCUCCCUGAUUGGCGACUGGCAUUCUACUGCUGGAGAAACCUUUUCUUCAAUAAAGAAGAUAGGCAUGACGCAAAAGGUCGACUAAGACUGUUCUUUUCUGGCAUGAUUAACUCCAAGCUUUGGAUAGGUAAUCCAAUGUUCUUUCUCCAUUAAAUCAUGACGUUUAGUUAUGUUUUAAUGGCGUGGGCAUAAAGGUAUUAAGUAGGGAAGUGCAGGACGGACCUCAUCCAUAAUUCACUGUCAACUUCUUUUUGUCCGAGCAACUGACGUUUUGGCCACUAAAAUCAUGGAACUCCCAUUUUUUGUUCUAGUUACAAAAGGAUGGGCGCUUGCAUCAGUUAUUUUUUAUAAUCCAAGCAUAUCCAAUCUGAUUUUUAGAAAAUUUUUUAUCGAUCUAAAUCUGAAAGUAUGCAUGGUUCCUUAUCUAAUAGCCAACGUUUAAAAUUUUUCAUUUCAUUAGAGAAAAAUAUCCUCCAUUAGCACUGGCGGAGCCAGGAUUUGUAGCCCGCCUGGGCUGCAAAUCUCUCCUCUAAAGGUUUCCCGGGCUAAGACUCAUUUUGCUCUAUUUGGGAAUGAAAAAAAUCAAUACAAUCAAAGUUAAAAAUUAACACAACUUUAAUUGGGCCACCGGGCUAUAGCCCAGGUAUCCUAAAGCCUGGCUCCGCCCUUGUCCAUUAGAUCGUAGUUAAGAAUUAACUAAACAAUAUGUUAGGCUACCUUACCUGACUAAGGAAUCAACUUUGUUUCACUAAAAUAGAAAGCUACUUGUCAGGUUACGAUAUGGUUAGGUUGAGAUGGCCCGAGAACUAGGGGGCGAAAAGCAUGCAUACCUAAAAUAAUUAUCUUGCGACAAAAGACAUUAGCAAAAAUAUAUAAUUAGUUAUGAAAAGAAUAUUUGAUUUGAUUGUGCAAUUACUCACUGUUUGAUCGACUCUCUUUUUACUAUAUUUUUUUUUGUUAGUCAUUGAUCUCUUCUUAAACGAUGGUUUAUUGGAGAAAAUUUAUAUGAAACAUCUUUUAUGCCCUUUACAUAGAUCAUACUAAAGGACUUUAUGCACUCAAACAGUACAUUAUUCAAGAUGAUUUUCUUGAAACUUAAAAUAUUAUAAUAUCCUUGAGAAAAACAAAAAUUAAAAAUGCAUCUCGCAAACUAAUGAAGUUCAAACAAAUUAAAAAGGCUAGGGAAGUCCUUAAAAUAUCUGAGAAUCUAUAAGCAUUUCAUAGUCAAGAGUGACUUUAAUAUCAAAACAAAACUAUU